AUGGCCUCCUCCAAGAUCUCUCUCAAGCUCCUGAUCGACAACAAGGCGAAGAAGGUGCUGUUCGCGGAGGCGGGCAAGGAGUUCGUGGACUUCGUGUUCAGCCUGCUCACCCUCCCCAUCGGCGCCGUCGCCAAGCUCGUCUCCGCGGGCACCAUGCACGGCAGCGUGGGCCGGCUGUACGAGAGCGUGGACCGGAUGGGAGCGUCGUACCUGCAGCCCGGGACGGACCGCUCCGACCUGCUGCAGCCCAAGGUGCUGCACCCGGACGCCCGCGAGCUGCUCCUGCUGAGCGGUAGCCGCGGCGGCGACGGCGACGGCGAGUCCCCGCUCGGCAGGUUCCGCCUCUACACCUGCGCCGGGUACUGCGCCACCGCCGCCGCCGAGGCCAACGCCACGUGCCCGCAGUGCAAGCUGCCUAUGGCCACCGAGGUCGCCUUCGUCCUGCCGUACGCCGCUGCUGCUUCCUCAUCGGCGGCGGGCGGCGACGAGGGGGGAAGAGGAGGGUACGUCAAGGGGGUUGUGACGUACAUGGUCACCGACGGGCUUGAGGUCACGCCCAUGUCGGCGAUAUCUAGUAUCACGCUUAUCAACAAGUUCACCGCCGGCAAGGACGUCGAGCUCGCUGAGAAGUUCGUCACCGUCGGCACCGACGAGGGGCUGGCUCUUCUCAAGGCCGUGCUGCGUUCGGACACGGUGCUCUCGGAUGUCUUCCUGACGAGGAAGAAGUGA